AACCGAGGCGUAGUAAUAACUCAUAGAUGAUAGUGCAUCAAGCGUGUGGCCAUUACACAGUAAUAAACAAAUAUGAUUAUUUAUCAUAAAUGGUUGUCAUAAAUACAACACUUGAUUUAGAGAGUGAAGUGACGAUGGGAUGAGGUGUAUGGCUGAAUUAGGAGCUGUAGCAUGCAUGCUUUGAAGGAAUAUCGCGCAAUACUCGAGCAUGAAGACUAUCAGGAUCUGUGUGCAAACAGUGACGAUGACUUGUUCAAGCAACUGGGUGGGAAGUCGAUUCCAGGGUUGGUGGGAGUCGGGAAACGAGCUCGACUAUGGCCGUUCUUUCUCGAGAGCAUCACCGAGGAGGUGGAGCCGUUGACGACUAGCAGGGAGGCAUCACCUCUCAUCUCAACACGACAUCGACUGCAACCUGUAAGUCCUCCUUCACACCCUCCUCCCCAUCAGCCGACAUCUCCUGUCGAUGACCUAGUUGUCGAUGAUGAUAGCAUCUCUGGUGCGACGAAGCCGCGUCGAAGCCACAUCAUCACCAACGCCCGGUAUUUCGCAAUUUUAGGAAGAAACGGAAGGUACUCCAUCGUGAUCAAGGAACCGCCUGGUGUCGCCCAAAUCUUGCCAGUGACUAAUAACUCGUACAUUUAUUGUGAUAACAACAAUAUAGAAACGCCUGCGAUCGCGUCUGGGAAGCCGUCAUGCCUGCCUGCCCCCUUGACAAUAGGCGAGCCCAAUGUGACGGCCGUCAAUAACAAUAACCCCGUACAGUCGUUGAGUCGUACGGGGCAAAGUACACGCCAGGCGAAUUCGCUUCAUACAAACUGUGUCAAUAGAGAUGCAAUACCGAACGUUAUAACAUUUGAGAAUAUUAACGGCCAUGUUUCGUAUGAUUCGACAGAGGAGCGAGAAGUGAUAACGCCUGACUCGGAUCCAUAUGGAUAUAUUGGGGAUUUUUCUUGUGAUCAGAAGGAGGAGAAUAUUUUAAGUGAAGCGGAACAUGAAAUAGCCUGUGAGGAAAAUUUUGGAAAUAGCAGUGAUAAUACUACCGGCGGAAUGUCGACGUUCUUCGGGCCAAAGCCCCAGAAACGGGUGGUGAUUGUUCGCUCAACUGAGGCACAGAAAAAACAUGAUCAAGCAGAUGCAAGAAGAAGGGAAGGUAAGGACACGAAGAGAAGAAAAAAGGCGGUUAAAAUUGCCGUCGUAGAAGAUGAUCCUAACGCCCCUGUGCCUAAAAGCAUUCUGAAAAACAUAAAAUCUGACAAAAGUAAACAAGCUGCUUCAAAACAAGAAUCUUUGGAGAGGAUUGAUAAAUUAUUUUACAAUCAAAACAACAGAUAUCCCCUCGAAGAAAAUGCUAAUUUUAUGCGUGACCAUGGAAAUGCUGGUAUGCAACCGAUUUAUGCUAAUGUGAGUAGAGGAGGAACGCUUCGGAGGAAUUAUGAUAAUGGAAACACUACUGAGGUGGAAGCCAGGUAUCCGUCACCUAUCCAUUAUUCUGAAAUACAACAUGGGGUUAAACAUCCGUAUAGAGAUAGAAAUGGAAUUGAGGAAGAGAUGCAUUAUAAACACCCAAGGAAAUAUGUCGGGCAUGCUGACGUGCAUCAUCCAGGGGGUCAACCAAAUGGGGGCGGGCUGCAUCCCGGUCAUCAUCAACAAAGGAUGCAUCAUGGCCCCUCCCCUGCUGGAUCUCAACAAAGUUUGGCAUCCACAGUGUCAAUACAAGCACCUUCAGUGCAAGGUUUAACACCAGAGGAACAGCAGUUGAUUUACAACCUCCGCGAAGAAAGAGGUGUCCUGCAACAAGGGGAACGGGGGCAAGGUGGACCCCCUCUGUUAUAUCCCCCUGGAAUGAAUGCUGCUGCAAGUGGACAGUCGAUUUUAUCUACGUCAACGCUUCAUAGUCAAAAUGAAGUACCUCCUCGUGUCCCUCAUCGCCCCAUUCUUCACCAGAUGCGUAAUCCUAAGGAAAAUCCCAAAGGAACUCCUCCAUCUACCCUUCCUAGAGGAAUAACCCUUCCUAGAGAAGGAAGUCUCCCUAGAGAAGGAACUCUCCCUAGAGAAGGAACAAUUCCUCGAGGAGGAACAAUUCCUCGCGAAGGAACAAUUCCUCGGGAAAUGAGACAGAAUACCUUAGCUGCCCCUCAGAAACACCAGAUGGACAAUAAACGAGGGCAGCGAGAUAAACACAUACAAGGUCCCCCACAACAUCCACAACAAGGACCAGGAAGAGGAGUUCCCCCAGGACGCCAUCAGCAGCGACAACACCCUGGGAGUCCACAACGUCAACAACAUCCUCAACAACAUGCAAGAUUAAUGACUGGAGACACCAUUCCCCCUCCUUUACCUGAACGCGACCAUAGAGGGAGGAGAAUGAGGGUUCACACCAAUCCAGAGAAAAGUCACAUGCCCUCACAAUUUGAGUCACACUAUGCUGUAGGAAAUGUGAAAGAGCAUCAACCAAACAGACAGCAACCUCACGUUGCUCCUUCUCAACAGCAUCAACAGAGGCAGCAACAAAUCCAACAUCACCAAAACCAGCAACACCAACUGCCCCGUCACCCUACCAAGCAGCAACAUCCAUAUCCUCCAAGGCUAGAACAACAACAACAACAACAACAGCAACCACCACCCAGUCAACAAAAACAGCAGCAACAUAAUCAACAGCACAAGGAAGCUAAGCAACCAAUGUUACCCCGUAAAAAUCAACAAGAAAAAAUGAUUCAGUUACAACGUCAAGUGCAGCAAGAAGUUGCUCCUACACCCGGUCCUCAGAAUCAGGAGUCUAAAACAAAUAGUUUGCCGAAUAUGGCAUCUGGGAGGCAAACUCCACCAAAUUACCAGUCUCAACAAAUGGUGGAAGAGAUACAACCAACACAAAAAGAACUUUUCCAAAAGUUGCUACAACCGCCGAUUCCAGCUAAACGUACCUCUCUUGGUGUAGACAACAAAUCAGACGCGGAUGUUUCAGUCUCCUCUAAAAGCAGUGACAGUGGUCACAUCCCGCCUCCAAUGAAAUUGAAGGAAACAUGUUUCUAUUGGGAACCGACUGAUGAACUUCUACGUGAACGUGACAAAAAAUUUAUCAGGCAAGAAUCAGCAAAAAUAGCUACUGAAGCUAAAGAAAAGAAGCUAAAAGGGCGGAGAGCUCAGAGGUUAGCAAAUGAUGGGAAAAUUCAAUUACAAGGAGCAGAAAACAUACAACCCCAGCCUAAGCCACAGCCGCGAAAAGAUUUGAAGGAAACCCCUCUGGGACGAAGACCUCAGACUGAAUCGGAAAGGCCGGAGCGUGAACCCACCAGGCCACAGCCCGAACCUGCGAGGCAAGACCCAGGAGUAGCACGGCAAGAAGAUCAACAUCCAAGAAUCGAAAUGAUAAGGCCUGAAGUAGACACCUUUCAAAUCAUUCCGGCUCCAAAUGUGAGAAGGCGCUUACAGACUCAGCUAACAGAAGGCUAUCAAGAUCCCCAACUUCAACAACAAGUGCAACUAACACAAGUAAGUCAGCAGCAUCAAACUCCAGAAGUACCGCAAGAGCAGCAACGUGAAGUUCAAAAUCAAACCGUUCAGGAAGAGAGUCAUAGGCCCCCGCCACAGCAUGCAUACUUCUCCCUGACUGGGAGGGUCAGUGUUAGUAGCUUGGCUGAGCCAUCACCUAUACCAAAUGAAGAUGAUGAUAGCUUUUUCCGUGAUUCUGAUGACGACAAUAGCAUGUUAUCCAUCAUUGCUUUGGACAAAGAACCGCGAGUACGAACAGCGAGAGGAAGUCAUAAUGAAAGCACAUCUGAUAUUGUGAUACAUGUAGAUCAGCAAGUCAAAGUGCCGGUUACCAAGAGAGCAUAUUUAACCGGCAAGGAGACUGUUUUUGGUGCGGAACCGGACACUGAACCGAAUGAAACCGAAUCUGAAUUCCAAUCAAGUGAUCCAGAAUCAGACAGUGACCCGACACAAAACCAAACAAAUAGGAGGUCGCAAGUGCGAACUCCUUCCUCAGAAGAAGAAGUAGAAGAAGAGGACCCCUUGCCCCUCGCUGAGCCAUCCUUUAAAGUUAUCAAAUACCCGCCUGCCUUGUCACCAGCAGUGUCUUACACGAUGUCAGAUUUGAGCCUUUCUGGAAGAGAACCAAGAGUUAGCGCCGACGCAUUCACCAAACAUGCACAACUUGGCAGAGUAUUUUAUCACUCCAAUACCUGCCGAACUGUCGCGCAGUCAAAAUCUGAAUCUGACCUUUCACGAAAAAUCUCACAAUCUACUUCAAGCUUUCAACCUUCCCCGAGGGACGAACUUUCUCCUCCUCCAUUGUCUUCAUCAACAGCUCAGACCAGUCACACCAAAUCCGAAUCAAAUUUGGCUGUCCAAAUUACCUAUGAAGACUUCCCAGCUAAGGUGAUGUCAACUGCAGUUCAAACUCGACCGAAUCACGACUUCAGCUCACAGGUUGAUCUUGAUCAAAUCUUAUAUGAAACGUCAUUAGGACCUAAACCAAACUCUAUUUCAAUUCAGACAUCAAAUGAAGAAUUGCAUGACCCACAACCGACCGAUGCUAUUAUUGGUCCUCCCCCUACCCAGGCCAUGAAAACCGAAAUCCAGACUGUGGACAGCGAAAUUCAAACCAUCCAAUCCGAAGUGGAACCAGUAAAAGCAAAAACUGAAACCACGGAAAUGGAAAUACAAACCGAAGAUCUAAUCGGCGAUAUUGAGAAGGAACCGAUUCCCGAGCCUCGUAAGGUUGUCACUGAAUCUGCGGAGUGCCAGACUUCUGAUAUACCUCUUGAUGAUCAAACAAUAGGGUUUGGAGGGAUCACAGCUAAAUUUGUUGACAUGGGAAUGGCUCGCCCAAGAGUUCAUUUUGAUGCUGAACCUGCAGGACCGGACAAUCCUUUCCAGGAUUACAAUUCACCAACUUAUGAAAUGAAAGAGGAGGAAGUGUACCACCAGUCCCCUACUGAAAUACAUGGGUAUAAUUUACACGACCAGAACAUCCAAUCACAGACACAAACCCAAUAUGCCAGUGAAUCUGCAUCAUAUUCGGAUGAGGAAGAACCUGCUAAGGCACCAAUGGAUAACAAAGAGUUCCCUCUACCGCCUGAAGUGAUGCUGAUGCAAGCUAUGCCUGAACCUCUGGAUGUUGGCUUUUACAGAGAAGAUGAUGAACUUCCGGUUUAUCCGACACUCGAAACGAUUCCGGAGGAAUCUGAAGCAGGCUACUCCAGGGAACAUAGUCUUAUUACUGGAACAUUGUCUUAUACAAGUGACGGGGAGGACUACCAGAGGGGUCUUACAGACCAACAUGAGGACAGCGAUGAUGACGAUGAUGAUAGUACUGAAAGUGAUGAUGAAGAUGUUGAAACAGAAAGAACGUUAGAAAACGAGGAUGAUAAUGAAACGAUACAUGUGAUGCCUUCAUAUUCUUCAAUCCACCCUUAUAGAGGAGAUGCAGUGCGUGUUUAUGUCCCCAGUAAUUCAUCAUCAUUUGAAGAUGUGAGCAGUGACGUAACACUAGAACCUGAGGAUGGGAGUAAAGUUGGUACCAGCCCUGCUGUGCAAGUUGUUGAGAUGCCUUACAUUGGCACACCCAUCCAUGAAGCUCAACUCAAGGAUAUGACCUUCCCAUCUCAACGUGAAACACCAGCAUCAUCGAUUGACGACAGGCAGUUUUAUAGCAAUACUAUAACACCCACGUCAUCGUCCAGGACGAUGUCGACUGGUGCACAGUGGCCCGGUGGGGAUGCCUUCACAGAGAAUGUCCAAGUGAAGAAGGAAACCCUCAUUGAUGACAGGUAUGACCCUGAUCAAGAAGUCGAACCUGCUGAUAGAACGUUUACGAUAGAAGAGGAUAAACAUGACCAGUCAACUAUAUGGAACAGAGGGUCAGAUAAGGAUGAUACCAAUAUGGUCGAAAUAGUUGAUCUUGAGCAGGAACCAAGGACUUGGGGACAAAGUCGAAGCGAUCAUGAACGAUCUGAAUUUUCAAGCGAUGACGUCAGAAGUAGCGACGAAACCGUCAUAUCUAACAAGUAUUCAAACGAAAUGGACAUCCCACUUCACUUUGAGAAAGAAUAUUUACUUGAGCUGCCAUCAACGAGGAAUUAUGUUCCUAAUCCUAGUCGAAUUGAAAUGCAUGGAAAGAAUUCUGUACCUCGUCUACAGCCCGAAAUUGUUGACACAAAGGAAUUUCACGCAAAUAAUCGAAGUGAAGAUGAACGGGCGAAGAAGGAAGAUCCUUUCUAUGAGCUUACAAAGCACAAUUACAUUGAAAGAGAAGAAAACGAGGUUGAAAGUGAAGAAGAUAAUACUGCUACAGUUGAUGAAAAUGCUCCCGUCGUCACAAGAACAGCUGGAGGGGCUUUCGUAAUCGGACUUUGGGGGCGUCAAGCAAAUCCCGCCCCUGUAGUGUACCAACAUGAUGACCAUGACCCCCUGCCGGAGCCGGAGUUAAAUAUUGAACCGGAAUCCGGUUUUGAAUCGGAACAAGUUUCAGAACCGGUAUCUUCAGUGGACAACGAACCGGUUAAAGUCAUUGAUUGCCAACCCGUUAGUGACUCACAAAGGAAAAUCGAAGACGAAUAUCUCCACCAACAAUCAACUGCUCAACACGAGUAUGUGCAUUGGAAUCAAGUUCAACCCUAUAAGCAAGACCAGUCGGAGAAUAUUCAAAGAGGGGAGAAAGCAUAUUACCAAGAUGAGCCUCAACAGUUUGAGCAACAGGGAACUUUAUAUCAAGGUCGGUUACAAACAAAUCCACAGCAAGGGCAUUUGCAAACUAUUCCACAACACGGUACAUCUUAUUAUCAAGACAACCCUCAGCAAUAUGAGCACCAGGCGAUGUCACGCAGGGGCCAUAUUCGAAGUAUUCCUCAACAUGACGCGGUUUCUUAUCCAGAGAAGAGCCAAUAUUUUGAGCAUCAACCAGCUUCAUUCGGAUCCCAGAAUGACGAUCUGUCUCAACACCAUGAGACACUAUAUCAAAACAAUACCCAACAGUUUGAGCAUCAGCCAUCGAUAAAUUAUCAAGACCCAUCGCAAAAUAUUGGGCACCAGGUGACGUCAAAUCUUGAAGAGCAAACUCAGCAUUUUGAGGAUCGUGAAACUCCAUAUCAAGAAAAAACCCAGACCUUUGAGGAACAGGUAAUGCCAUACAACCAAGAUCAACUAAAAGAUUUUGAUCAAGAUGUACCACCGUAUAGCCAGGAUCAUACCUCAGAUUCAGAGCAAAGGACAGAAGGGCAUCACCAAUUUUAUUCCCAAAACUUUGAGCAACAAACGAUGCCAUAUCAGCAGGAUUACACCCGAAAUUUUGAGCAGCAAACCACACCAAACUCUCAGAUCCAGUCCAGAGGCUUUGUGCCACAAGCAACGCUUUCUCAUAAAAACCAACCACAUAAUUUGGUCACCGACAAAGAAGAACCAACAUACACAUUUGACAAUGAGCCGCCCUUUGAUUGGACGAAACGAGAGUACAAAUCGACACCGUCCCAAAGCCCAGAAGUGAAUCAGGAAGUCGGAGAAGUGGUUGCAGAGCAUAUUGAACCAGUGAAGAAAAAUAUCAGCUUGUUUCAGAGUCUUGAGGAUAGGCCAAUUAUUGAUACGAGUAUGCCAAUACAAACACCGGAACCUAAUCUAGGAGCAAACCUGGACUUUGAACCCAAUAUACCUCCAGAUAUUGAUGACAUAGAACAACAUUUCACUUCGUCUGAGAGUGACGAUUCUUCCAGUAGUAGUGAGGUGGAUAGUGACGAGGAUGAGGAGGAAGAGGAUAAAGAAGGGGAAAUAAUAGAUGAGGACGAUGAUGACGAAGAUGUUAACGACGAAGAUGAAGAUGAAAAAGUUAUUUCGCCAUUGAAGAGAGAGCAGAGCUUUGUCAAGAAAGCUAGAAUUGUCCAAAGUGAUGACGAACUAUUGGACGAUGACGGGGAGAAAAUUGUACAACACGCAGCGACGUCACCAUCAUCGUCGUCCUCGGGACACGAUAUAUCUCCCGAUCCUAUAGACUUCAUGAACUCGUACCAGCAGUUUGUGAGAGAUAGGAAAAAGAGUGAGGAAUUAUCACCAACUAAACCAAAAUUCUCGAAAUUUUCAAGUGGUGGCGGACCCCCGCCUGUGCCACCAAAACCAAACAAAUCCAGUUAUUCAUCAAAGAUUUCAUUACGUGUUUCGAACAGCCAGGUUAUGCCAUUGUCCCCCUCUGACACUAAAACACCCAGCUCUACUAGCUCAACGUCCACUACGCAUGCGCCGUCUCCAACCGAUGUGGUUCCUAAAUUAAUCGUCAGUGAACCUUGCUCUAAAGAUAAUGAAGAUGUCAAACAAGGGCAGAAUCAACAACUAAGAGAUAAUCCAUUGUCUGGUGAGGAGGCUAGUGUGAAAGCUCCAGUUGAUGUGGGUGCUCGAGGUCGCCGAUGGUCAGCAGGGGAUAGCGAUGACGUGUUCAUUGAAGCCUCGCUGGAAGAUUGGAGGUCAGAAAGAUCACUUGUCGUCGUCGAGACUGAGGAAAUUAUAAGCGAGCAAACUAUUCGACCGAAACAAAGAAGUGAUCAGUUUGCAAAACAACCUGACAAAAAGAACUUAACUCCCGAGGUAUUCAAUGAGGAGAAAAAUAAACAAGAGUCAGUUUGCUCAGCAGAACAAGCGAUUUCAGUGAAAAGAGACUCCCGUGUAGCUCCUAUUCCUAAUUUGCGGCUUUCUGUUAGUGCUAAAGACAAUCUCGAUGUAAUUGCUGAUAUUAUAGCUGGCAGAUCUGGUGAUAGUUUACAUAAACAAGCAACUUCUCAAGGGGAGCCGGGUGACGAGGAGACAUCCGGUAAUACCAAGGAUCAUAAAGUUGCACGAUCUUUAGAGGAGGUUACAAAUAGAAGCCCUGAUUUUAGACAUUCAACAACAGCUCAUGAUUCUGAUACGGACAGUAUAACAACAGAACUUACUGUACCAUUUGACAUAACAAGACGAAAGGGAAAACGCUCUCUCACUCCAGGACCAAAUAUCGAGUGUGAUGAGGAGAUUGGGAAAUCUCAGUCUGAUUGGCGAGAAAGCUCUGGCGGUGUGAUAGCCCAGCAACUCGCUCGUAUGAGGGAAACUUUGAAAUCCAUGGAACUGCCUACAUGGUACAGGAAAUCAUCGCAUUUCAAGCAAAUUAUGAGUGGAGAUAUUCGAAGUCUACCAGCUUAUCGAAACCACAAGCCCCGUCAGAUUAUGAGUGGACCUCCUACGCCAACGGGACAUCGUUUUUAUUCUAAAGCAACGGUCUCGACAAGGAUGUCCUUUACGCGAGAGGCCCGACUUCGAACCGGUUUCUCACCUGCCCCCAGUGUCUCCCCAACAGCCCCAGUACACUCAUCAUUUUCAUUUUCUGAAUUGUCUUUGGAAACCACGGAGCCGACGCCGGGAUUCCAGCCGAUUUCGGCAGCUUUUAGUGAGCCACUUCGACACGAUCUAUCUUUCAGCAUUGGUGACGAAAUUCACAAAGAUGUUAGGACAAGUGAGUUUGCACUGCCAAUGAACCCAGAUAUGUAUAGACGAGCUUCGCCCGAUGAGACUAUUCGUUCUGCAGAGGACCCAGUAGAAGAGUCUCAGAAGGAAAUUAAGGAGGAGAGCAUUCUUCCUGUACCUACUGAUAGAGAAGAAACCAAAAGAGAAAGGAGUAGAUCAGUUGGAGAUGAGGAGGAUCCGUAUGAAUAUGCUGUGAAAAGGGAUGAGCGAAUUGGGGGAUCCGCGUUGUUCUACAUAUCCGCAGUUAACACUCAACAAGAGGCAUGUGUUUCUCCACCUCUGCCAUCUCCUCCUCCACCACCCGCACCACCACAAGAAUACUACAGUUCAGCUGCCCCAACCUCACCUCUGCCACCCCCACCCCCACCUGAAGGGUUCUAUAGCAGCAGAGACAACUCUCCCCUUCCACCACCUCCCCACCCCGAAGAAUGCAUCAGGGGGAGCUCUCCACACCCCGUUACCUCUUCAAGUUCUGCAAGUUCCCCCACCGAUCAUCAUGACCAAAGACCAGUAGACUCUGAUAAUUCUCGUCGUCAACAUUAUGAUUAUUCUGGUUACCAUGGAGAUGAUGAAUCUACUUUACCCAGGAAUAUAAACACCAGUUCCUACUACAAUAACAAUGGCAAUAAUAAUGAAUGGAACCAAACGUUGCAAUAUUCGAGUCGAGAUAUGCCUAUCUCUCACUCGCCAACAAAUCGUGAACGGUACCUCGCUUCAUCGCCCGCGGCGAUGAUCAGGAGUUCGAACCCCCAAAUCACCGCAUCACUCGUCAACCAACCCCACAUUGCUGUCACCGAUACCAGUGUUGACCUAGACGAUGCGGCCUUUAACACUUCAUGGGAUCAACGUCCGACGUCGUCGAGCUUCCGGAGCCUACACGAUGCCCGCUACGACGGGGGCGUCCAACCUCCUUCUGUGACCAUGGAAGAGAUAGUGGAUAGUCUGCUAGGUUUAUCCACCAGUCGUUCUCCCAGCAAUUCAUUCACGGAAUACUCCUCCUACAUGGACGCCUCCUCGAUGUCGAUGACCACCACACCGGAUCAGUCAGUGAGUGAAAGUGACAGCUCGCUGGAGACGGUGAUUUCGCAGGACGAUGUCGAGGCGAGGGAACAGAAGGUGGCCAAUCAGAGGGUGACCUCGGGAGGAAAGAGGGUACUGAAAUCCAUCGUGAUCAAUGAUGGCCAGGAUGAUGAGGCAAGGAACAUAACAAGGAGCAGAGGAGGACUAUCAGAUAUAUCGGAGGAGGUAAUAAUGGUAAAGUGCAGCUACAAGAGAUGCAGCAAGAUCAGGGAUCUUCGGGAAGCCAGGAAGACCUACAAGACCUGUCACAACUGCUACACCUACUACUGCUCACGGGACUGCCGGAAGGCUCACUGGGGUCGCCACAAGAAGAAGUGCCUCUACGGACGCGUCAACAGUCUCUGCAAACAUGUCAUUUAUCACAGCCGGUACAACGAGACCUUACAAGAAGGGUUGUCCAAGAUUGCCAGGAAUGGCUACCUAGCACACGGGAGGGGUGCAGUGCUGCUUGCUUUCACCAGUGUGGAAGAGGCGUAUAGGUACAUCACAAAAGGCCUUGACCAACUGAGUACAGCGCCUGUAUUUCUCUCGGCUCGCGAGGUAGAUGAAUGCGGAGAAGGUCGUUUCAACUCCCUCCAGCAGACCUGCUACCAAUACGAUCCAGAGGUCAAGUUUGUUCUUAAUGUGUCCAUCAUGGCCAGUCAAGACACUCCCACAAAGCCGUUGCCAAGGAGACCUGAUCUCAUCCUUCGAAAAUGUGCCAAAGUUCGCCUGCACGAGGGACUCGGGCGAGGGGUCAGCGGCCCCGGCGCCGACCGAGAGACGUUGAUUUUGACCGCUCCACCCGGCGUGACGUCGGAAGGGGGACUGGACAUGAAGGCUAGGCAGGUUUGCUUCGUGCAUAUCCAGCGUCAGUUACGUCAACGGGGUGUUAGUCUUCGGCAUCAGUUCCCAGUCGUUUAUGAGAAAUUGUGCAGAUGGGUGGAGCAGAAUCAUCACAUCACGCCGGUGACUAUCUACCCUCGCGAUGGAAACACAGGGAAGACCUUCAUGUGUCUCAUCGUCCCUGACACCGAUCAGGACACCAUCGAAUGGGUUCAAAACCCCGAGAUACUCGAGACCAUGGACUCUGUCGAGACCGUCGACCUCGACGCAGAGAUGGAGAAAGUCGAAAGAGCCGUGAGCAAUGUCGCGUUGUUGCAGAUGACAGUGUGAACCCACGCGUGUUAGUCUCUGCAUGUCCACACAGUUCUUUCUUGAAAUCCAACCGACUGAAAUGUCUUGAAAGGAGCAUUUGUAUAAGUAUAAAUCAGUAUACCUCAAACCCGAAGUAUUCUAGGAGAGAAAUAAAUCCGUCAACGCAGAGGACACCUUGGACUGACUUAUGAAAGGUGAUGUUUCUAAAACAGUACUAUUGAUUCCUUCAUGGAUAUUGGAUAAUACUAAAAAAGUACUGGGGAUUUUCUUGUAUGGAAUAGUGUGAAGCAGUGGUAUUUACAACAAAAUUCGUUUACUACAUCAUGUUUACGCUUACUACAUCAUGUACAUUGGAUCAAAAAUAAUAUGAACGUUUUGUUUGGUCCAUCACUGACAUGCGUUUGUUAUCUGUUGAUGAAAUCUUCGAAAAUGGCACAGUUGGAAAUUAUAUUGCUGUAUCUCUUGGAAUCUGAAGCUCGACCGAACAAAUUCAUGAAUAUUUUUGUUUUCUAUUUUGUAUUUGCAAACUGUAUAUCUUGAAAAAAUUUGAUAUUUUCACCGGGAUCGCUUCUGUGUUUACGUCUUUCACUUCUGCAUGGCUCUGUAUAUAUAAAUCUGCAUGGCAUAGGAUUGUAAAUACUUCUUCACAGCCAAGCCAUUACUAUCAUAUAGCGUGCAUCAUCCGUAGUUCAUAUAUGGGAAGUUUGAUAUAUUUUCCCGGAGCAAUUAGUUAUGAUGUGAAUUCAUGUGCGACCUUCAUGCCUUUUGAUACCUAUAAAUGUGCCUAGGAUGUUCUACCCGAACGACAGUUACAGUUUAUUGUUACCUGUUGAAUACAAGCACAGUUAGACAGUGUGAAAUUAGAUGAUUAUUGCCGAUGUAUCAAUUGAAACUAUGAAGUCAUGUGAACCAAAAUUUCAACGAUCAGGAAUAUUAAUGUAGGCAUGCAGUGUUCUUCUUCAAAUGUCAAACCAAGGCGGAAAUAAUUUUUAAUUCUUUCACGCCGGUGUCACGCCUCUCUAGGAAUAAAUGUAUAUUCGGUGAAUUGGAUCCAUGGAUGAUUAUACGUCGCUUUCGUCACUUCUAUAUUCAGUUCUAAAUAUCAACUUUCACCAUGCAGUCAUUUGUAUUAUUGUGGAAAGCAAUUGACGGCCAGCGGCGUCUACUUUAUUGCCCACGAUGUAAUUUUAUAAAUUGGAUGAAAACAUCAAACUGACUUCGCGAGACCAUUGGAACGCGCGAAAUACAUAGGUUUUUUUUUCUCUAUCGAAACAUUGAUUGGAUCGGUCAUCAAUAGUCAACCAUCAUGCCCUGGAACUACAUUGCCGUGUAUAAGAUGAAAGUAGUUAAGCUCUGCUGGAAUAGAUAGACCCCAUAUAUUUGGAAACAUUCCCAUUUCUUUUCGACUGUCAACAAAAAAGGCGAAACCUCUUCAGUUUGGAUCACUGUGUAUUCGCUAUUUUAUCACGAAAUUAUUCAUAUUUUCCCACGCUGUAUGAAUAGAGAGUGAACGACAAAUACUUCGAAAGGAGGUACUUGGCUCUCAACAGAAUUGUGAACUCACAUAGCUAUUCUAUAAUUCUCACUCGUCAUAAAGGAAAUUUUGAGAAUCGUCAUCGCUGAAUAGCGUUCCUACCUUCACCUAUUUGCCAUUGUGAGUGAGCAAUCGCAUUUGUACUUAUUCUUAUUGUCAUGAAUGACUGAACUUUGAAUCUCAGUAUGAUGAUGUCGUACAAUAGAGUGGUCUCUUUUUAUGCGUUCUUGCAUUAGAGUUGUCACACAACAUGUCGUCCAACAUCCACAGAGAGGAUAUUCUACUCGAGUAGAGGGAAAAAAUCGUGGUGAUCAAGUGACGAUAAGCUUCUUACAGUAUUAGGGAUAAAAUCAAUAAAACCUCUGGUCGUUGAGUCUAAAGGAUACCAAGUUUUAUUAUGAAAUUUUUGAAAAGAAAAUGACAGUUUUGUUUUGAAAUAACCUUUCCCAAAAGUAACAUCGAUACAGGUUAAAUAGAAUUUGAAUAAACUCCACGAUUAAGUCUGCAGAAAUACAUGUAUAUUCGAAAAGAAUAAUCCCGUCUACGUAAAUAUCUUGAGACCCGAUUUAAAGAAAACAACAACGAAAACGACAUUUGGAAUGAGACAAUCUAUAGCGGAACGGUGAAUGAAGUUUAUUGGACAAACACAUUAAUUGCAUUUUACCAUACCUCUUCCUCUGUCUGGAAAACAAGUUAUUUUCAUUUCAAUCAUGGAAUAACAUUCC